AGAGAGAGGCUUUUAGAAAUUAUAAAAUUUCCCCUACUCUAGAGAAUUAUGUUAAUGUAAAAAGAACUCGGGCCAGUUGUAGAAAAUUUCUUAGGGAAAAGAAAAGGGCGGGAUUUAAAAAAUUUUGCCAGAGUUUAUCUCCCAAUGAGAGUGCUAGGUAUGUAUGGAAAUGUGUGAAAAAAUUUUCAAAGGCUAUUAACCGGGCUAAUUGUCACCUCCCACUUAACUUUUCAGUACCGGCGGAAUUGUUGGACUCCUUAGUGGGUCAUGCCGAUGGUGUCGUUGAGGAGACAAGUUUAGAGGGGGAUAACAACACUGCAGUUUCUCCCUUGUUCACUCUUGAUGAGUUUAUCGCUGUAGUUAGAAGUCGUAAAAACACAUGCCCCGGCUUGGAUAGAGUUUCUUUUGAGUUAAUAAAGCAUCUACCAAUAGAGGGAGCCGUGUUCUUAGUGAAUUUUUACAACAAAUUAUUGAGAAAUGAGUGCAGUAUACCUGAUAGUUGGAAGACGCAGCUGGUUGUUCCAAUAUUAAAGCCGUUUAGGGAUCCUAAUCUUCUUAGUUCUUAUAGGCCGAUUAAUUUGUCAUCUACAUUCGGUAAAGUGCUGGAGUCAAUAUUAAAGUGCCGAGUAGAGUGGUUUCUUGAACAUCACAGAUUGCUAUCAGAAUCUCAAACCGGCUUUAGGCGCGGUAAGUCCGUUAUGGAUAAUGUUUCCAUCAUAACAAGUCAUAUUUUGUGUGCUCAGAGCAAAAGUGUUCCUACUGUUAUGGUUGCAUUGGAUAUUGUGGGUGCGUAUGAUAAUGUUAACAUCCCCACGCUAAUAAAGGAGAUGGAUAAGCAGGGUAUACCUAGGGAUGCUAUAGGGAUAAUCAAUCGACUUCUCCUCAACAGGAACCUAUUUGUUAAGGAUGCUGUUGGGCACCUUUUGGUCGGACCUAGAUCAACCAGUAAGGGGGUCCCUCAGGGAUCUCCCUUAGCGCCUCUUUUAUUCAAUAUAUACGUAAAUUCAAUUAAGUUAGUAAUUCCUCAUAGGGUUUCUAUUUUCCAGUAUGCGGAUGAUAUUGUUCUUCUAUGUAGCGAUGUCAAUGUCCUCUUUGCUAUAGACUUGAUGAAUAAAGCCUUGGUGGCAGUGGCUGAUUGGAUGCAUAGGUUUAACUUGCAGCUUAGUCCGCAAAAGUCGUCUGCUAUUUUAUUCUCUAGAUCUGCUUUGGUUGGACUUCCCGACUUGGUAAUUAAUAGUGUAAAUAUUCCCUGGAAAAAUGAAAUUAGGUACCUGGGAGUUACAUUUGAUGCUAAGCUUACGUGGGUUCCACAGGUUGGCAGAAUGAUUCACAAGGCAGCUAGUGGAAUUAAUAUUAUGAGAUUUCUAUCCAGGACAUGGUGGGGAGCCCAUCCGUCUACUCUUCUGAUAUUUUAUAAAGCUUUUGUGCGUUCCCAUCUUGACUAUGGUUCUAUGGUACUGGGGUGCUGUGGGAAAAAAACCCUGUCUGGUCUGGAUAGGAUUCAAUAUCAGGCUUUAAGAGUGACAUUGGGUAUGAUGAAAUCAACUCCAAUUAAUAUUUUAUCGGGAGAGGCUUGUGAAACAAGUUUGGAGGUGAGGAGGAUUAUGUUGGCUUCUAAGUUUUUGGUCAAGUCCCUUAGAAUCAGAAAUAAUCCUAGUUUCUUAGCUACCCAACGAUUAUAUAUUGCCUAUCAAGAAAAUCAUAACUUUUUUAGAAGGAAGGCGAAUUUACCCUUAGUUGAGGCAUUUGACUACACCGCCACAUAUCAUAAUAUUAUCGAUAGUGGAGACGUUCUAGCGUGUUUUAAUAAGGAGCUGGCCCCUCAGCUUACGCCUAUUAAUUUUGUUAAUUCCAAAAUUGAGAAAGGGGUGGGUCUAAAUGAAACUGAGUUUCGGGAAUUUUGUUCUAAAAUGUGGACCGGGGAAGAGUCAUUUAUAUUUACCGAUGCCUCUAAGGGACCAGAUGAUAGAGUUGGCUUUGGAGUAUUUAUUCCGUCUCUCAAUGUUAGGGUCGGGCAUGGGUUGAAUAGCGCGUUUUGUAUUUGCUCUGCAGAAAUGGUAGCUAUUAGUUACGCCCUAGAUCUUAUAUUAGAUUAUAAUAUUAAACGGGCAGUAAUUGUCUCCGAUUCCAAAAGUGCCCUGCAGAGCUUCGGAUGCAGUGCGGUUGAAGCUUCCAACAGCUACAUUCUACUAGAUAUUAAAGCAAAGAUUGAUAUUUUGAAGCGCAGACUUGGGCGGAAAAUAUCGUUAUGCUGGAUUCCAAGCCAUUCGGGGAUAAGACAUAAUGAAACGGUGGAUAGAAUAGCCUCAGAAGCUAGACUUUUAGACCCGCUGAAUUUAAGGCCCCCUUUUAGUGAAUUUAUCCCGAUAAUUAGAGCAAAGAUGUGGCACAUCUGGGCCAUCAAGUGGAGAGAGUGGGGCCGGUCAAAGGGCAGACUUUAUAGUGCAGUUUAUAAGACACCUCCAACAGUUCCAUGGUUCCACAAACUGCAGCUGUCUAGAAAGGAGAUUACAACAGUGUGCAGAAUGAGGAGUAAUCAUUGUAGUUCCCCAGCACAUCUUUACAAGAUAAACGUCAAAAUAUCUAACCUGUGUGCUUGUGGAGGGGUGGGAGAUAUUGAACAUAUUUUGUUUGAUUGA